AUGGACAUGCGCACUCUCAUCGCCGCCCAGCGUGUAUGCCAUGCAUGGGCGGAUAUGAUUCGUACAUCGUGCUCGCUGCAAGAAGCAUUGUUCUUGUUACCAGCCAGAAAUAAUAGGAAAGACGAGUCUCGAGUGUACAACCCCCUGCUGGCAAAAUCAUUUCCCUCUAUCUUCCCCACGGAAGACCUGCGAGAGCUCGCAGGCGACAGAAUGGAGGAAAUUGAACUCGGGCGUUUUGAUCUUAUGAGAAAUUCAACGAUAAGAGAGAUAUACCUCCGACCUGAGGCGAGCUGGCGUCGUAUGUUGACGCAACAUCCACCAAUAUAUACCAUUGGGGAAUUUGCCUCGUUUGUGGGACAUUAUGGUCUCUCUUGGCAUCAAGACCGAACAACAAGGCAGGAAGAGGGACUUCGAAUGGGGACAUUCUUUGAAUGGCUUGUUGGUCUGGGACUGUAUAGAUGGAAUGGCGAGUCAAUUAAGAUUUGCCUGGGUGGAUCUGUACCGCUUAACACGCCGCUUGAAAUUCAUGAGCGGAUUCCGUAUCUUGAUAUCAGAGAGAUAAAUGCCGAUUGGAGGGUUAUGAGUGCUGGGUUUGAUCUUGUGUUGGUGGCAAGUUCGGGGGGCACGUGUAUGGAUUAUGAAGAGCCGGGUGAUCCAGAUUGGAUUAAGAGUCCGAAUGAAAUUGCCUGGGAAGAGAUUUGUGAGGGUUAUCGUGAGUUGGGGCUGAGCAUGGUUGAGUUGCAGAUGGUACGGUAUAAGGAAGGGUCUUCGAUGUGGUAG